AAGCUGCUGAUAUCCUGGAGUUAGGCCAUUUUACCUGGGACAAAUACCUAAAAGAAACAUGUUCAGUCCCAGCUCCUGUCCAUUGCUUCAAGCAGUCUUACACACCUCCAAGUAAUGAAUUCAAGAUCAGCAUGAAAUUGGAAGCACAGGACCCCAGGAACACCACAUCCACCUGUAUUGCCACAGUAGUUGGACUGACAGGUGCCCGCCUUCGCCUGCGCCUUGAUGGCAGUGACAACAAGAAUGAUUUCUGGCGGCUGGUUGACUCAGCUGAAAUCCAGCCUGUUGGGAACUGUGAGAAGAAUGGGGGCAUGCUGCAACCCCCUCUGGGAUUUCGAUUGAAUGCUUCCUCUUGGCCCAUGUUCCUUUUGAAGACACUAAAUGGAGCAGAAAUGGCUCCCGUCAGGAUUUUCCAUAAGGAGCCACCAUCGCCUUCCCACAACUUCUUCAAAAUGGGCAUGAAGCUAGAAGCUGUGGACAGGAAGAACCCUCAUUUCAUUUGUCCAGCAACUAUUGGGGAAGUUCGGGGUUCAGAGGUGCUUGUCACUUUUGAUGGGUGGCGAGGAGCCUUUGACUACUGGUGCCGUUUCGACUCCCGAGACAUCUUCCCAGUGGGCUGGUGUUCCUUGACUGGAGACAACCUGCAGCCACCUGGUACCAAAGUUGUGAUUCCAAAGAAUCCCUACCCUGCAUCUGAUGUGAACACUGAGAAGCCCAGCAUCCACAGCAGCACCAAAAUUGUCUUGGACCAUCAACCAGGACAGAGGGGGCGUAAACCAGGAAAGAAGCGGGGCCGGACACCCAAGACCCUAAUUCCCCAUCCCAUCUCUACCCCAUCCAAGUCAGCUGAACCUUUGAAAUUCCCAAAGAAGAGGGGUCCCAAACCUGGCAGUAAGAGAAAAUCUCGGACUUGGCUGAACCCACCACCCAGCUCACCUACAACCAGCACCCCUGAACCGGAUACCAGCACUGUACCCCAAGAUGCUGCCACCAUCCCCAGCUCAGCCAUGCAGGCCCCUACAGUUUGUAUCUACUUGAACAAAAAUGGCAGCACAGGCCCCCACUUAGAUAAGAAGAAGGUCCAACAGCUCCCUGACCAUUUUGGGCCAGCCCGUGCAUCUGUGGUACUGCAGCAGGCUGUCCAGGCUUGCAUUGACUGUGCUUACCACCAGAAAACUGUCUUCAGCUUCCUGAAGCAAGGCCACGGUGGCGAGGUUGUCUCAGCCGUGUUUGACCGAGAACAGCAUACUCUCAACCUUCCAGCAGUCAACAGCAUCACCUACGUCCUCCGCUUCUUGGAGAAACUCUGCCACAACCUUCGAAGUGACAAUCUGUUCGGCAACCAGCCCUUUACACAGAAGACUCACUUGUCACUCACUGCCACAGAGAACAGCCACAGCCACGACAGGUACCUACCAGGUGAAACCUUUGUUCUAGGGAACAAACUGGCCAGGUCCUUGGAGCCACACUCAGACUCAAUGGACUCUGCUUUGAAUCCCACCAGCCUUGUCAGCACCUCCCAAACUCUGCGAACUCCUGGGUUCCGGCCCUUACUUCCCUCCUGUGGCCUUCCAUCCAGUACUGCCUUAGCCAUGCACAGGCUGUGCUCCCGGGGGUCGGAAUGCUACUUGGAAAGCCGGGAUGCCUCUAGACUGAGUGGCCGAGACCCCUCCUCCUGGACAGUCGAGGACGUGAUGCAGUUUGUUCGGGAAGUUGACCCUCAGCUUGGACCCCACGCUGACCUCUUUCGUAAACACGAGAUUGAUGGCAAGGCCCUGCUUCUACUGCGCAGCGACAUGAUGAUGAAGUACAUGGGUCUGAAACUGGGGCCUGCCCUCAAGCUCUCCUACCACAUCGAUCGGCUGAAGCAGGGCAAGUUCUGAGAGCAGAGGGAGAGUCUGCCUCCCAGGAAGAAGGAUCAUCAGCUCACCCCACACCCAGCGAGCUUCCAGCCACCUCAGCUCACCAGCAGGCUGUGUGGUGCCCCCUGCUGCCCCCUCCCACCAUGACACGUCCUUCCAUGAAGGACUGAGGAGGAGAACACUCAGGAUCUAGGGCUCUCUCCUCAGCCCUGUCACCGCUCUGAGGUCUCUAUUUAUUUUUCAAGCCUAGCCUCUCAUCAGGAAUUUAGACUGAGCCCUUCUAAGUGUGGGAGGAAGAAGCCAGCCCUGGGGCCUAAGAAGACAGGCCCUGGCUUGGCAACUGUGCCCAUGCCCUCACCACCUGCUGGUUUGUUGGGGCACCCUGUUGCCCCCUGGCUUCUCCCUUCUCAUCAGACACCCUGACUCUGAACUCAUGGUGCAGAUCUCUAACUUUGAAAAAAAAAAGUCUUCUAUUGCUAAUUUAUUAUUUCUGGCAAACCCUCUGGUUAAUCCUCUUAUACCAGUCACUGGGUCUCAGUGGGAGGAAAACUGCCCUGCUGGGUCCAGAGGCCUCUCCAGAUGGUCAUGGUCCUUUCAGAGGGCACUGCCCAAGGGCACUUUGUUUUGGAAAUGGAUGACCCCAUAAGGCUUUGGCCACAGCAGUUAGCACUGGAGAAGGAAGGGGGUCCCUGUCAACCUUCCCUUCUCUCCCCAAUAGUCCCUUGCAGUGCCAAGCCUCAUCUGUAGGCAUGGGAGGAGCCCCUUGCAUCAUGUUCCUUACCACAGCUCCCCGCCCUGGCCAUAAAUGCUGGUGAAGAAGAUUAGGCUCCAUGACCCUAACACCUGUGGAGCAGGAGGGAAGGUCUCCAGCUGAGUGACUCUGUCCGCUGCACUAGCCACGUGCUUUCCGUGAGCAAGUCCACAGCAUAGCUACUCCCGCUGCCAUCUGGAUUUGAUGCCAGUUUGUUUAUAAAUAAAAGAAAAAAAUGGU